CCUGCCAGGGUUAAUACAAGUGUCAAAAGGAGCAGGGCUUACAGACAUUAACUAGGUGAAAGCCAUCUGUCCGCCGCAGCGGGGGCUGCUGGGGGACGGUGACAUGUGGACGGCGCGUCCGUGGCCCUUUAAGAAACUCCAUGUUUUCGCUACAUGAUGCGUCAACAUAAAAAAGCGGAUGAUGCUGUUAUGUAAAAACACGCUGGAGUGGAGCUGUAGUUUGCAGGAGCUCGCUGAUUGCUUAGCACGGCCCACUUCGUCUCUUUGAAGCAGGAUUGGGAGUUUACAGUCUUUUUUGGAUUGUGUGGUGUUUGUUUUUUUUACGCGUCGCGCGUGGAGCAGCGCAGUUUGGAGUUUAAAAAAAUAAGGCUUCAAUAUGAAUCGUCCUCCGCUCCGUUUUCCUCCUUCACUUGCGGGAAGCUUACACCUGACGCAUCAUUAUCUCGCCCUGUGGAAGUGAUCUCGCCUCUGAAAAGGUCCAAGUGGAGUUAUAUGACAGUCUAACAAAGCGAAGAGCGUAUGGACUCAGCUGAUGAUCCAUGAUGAUGCUCACCGAAGGGUCUCUUUGAGCAUCGGCCGACCAUUGUCGUACCCUGUGGAUGUAAAGAAGGUGUUGGACCGAAGCUGAGACUAUGGUGAAAGCUCAGCCGAGCCAGCCUGUCAAAUGCAGGAAACCCAAGAAAGCGGAGGGAGGCAAGGAGAAGAGAGUUGGCGCUAAAAAAGGGAAAGAGAGAAAGAAGGAGUUGAAAGAAAGAAAGAAGAAGAAAGACAAGAAAGAGUGUCAUCGACAUAAGAGGAAGACACUGGCGCUGGGUAACGGAGAUGCACUGGACUGUUGCGUCUUGCUCACUCGCUUGGAGGAGAAAGGAGUUGUUGGUAAAAAAAUGGAUAUACCAAAAGCUGGGAAGCACAAGCAUGAUAAAGCCAAAAAGAAGCAGAACUCCACCUCCAUUCAAAGAAGGACCAAAUCUGGACUUAAGAAAACGUUAGCAGGCAAUCAACAAGCACUGGAACCAAAAAACAACCAAUUCGACACCUUACUCAUGUUUCCUGCACCCGUUCUUGAGCCACGCAGGCGAAGAAUGGCCUCUCUUAACGCUGAGGCGGUCAACAGCUUGCUGCUCUACAAAGACGACUCUCUCAUCUCAAAUCUCACAAAGAAACGGCAGCCUUCUAAUGAAGGUCAAGCGGCAGAUAGUGGCUCUAAAGUUGAGCACAGAGGUUGUGAAACCAAAAAGGUUCCUCCAGGAGGGAAAGCAGACCCGAAAGAAAGACCUAAAAAACAAAGGCGGUCAGCGGUGGAGGCUCAGGAAAUUGACUGGUUGGCUUUGUUUGCGCCAACGCCUCGGCGUCAGGCGGGCCUCACCGCUGCGACGCUUCUCAAACUCACCGGUGCCGCCUACGGAACCAAGCGGCACAAGAAAACUGAGUCCAAGUCUGAGAGUAAAAGUGAGGCAGCUGCCACGACUCACAGUGAGAUUAACUCUAAGCCAGUGUGUGGAGGAUCAACGCUGACCAAAAAAGAAACACAUCCCAAACAAGAGGACCAACUAAAGCACAGAACACAGGGUACAGAGGAUCCAGAUCAUUCCCAGCUGGGCUCUACCGUGAAGGGUUGUUGUAGUUUGUGUAAAAGUGAAUCUCAGGAUCCAGAGUGGAAGGCCAACACAGGAGGAAAGGAGUGUCUCAAACACCCACUCCAUUGUGGGUCUUCACUUGGAUUCUCCUUGAAAACAAUCAAAGAGGAGCAGGUGGAGAGUGAGGUGUCUUCCUGCUACUGCUGCACCCAGGAGAGGUGUGUCGAGUACUGUCACAGAAUGGCCCUUUUCCUGGAGGACAAAACUUUCAAGGAACCAGAGGACGGCUCCGUGUCCGAGGUGUUCCACCACCACCAUCACCACCACCAUCAUCAUCACCACCAUCUUCAGUCCCCUCACCCAGCAUCCAUAACCAUAAGCCCACACAGGUACACUUGCUUCCCAGGCUACUAUGUCCACUUUAGCCACCCAGACUCCUCCCCUUCUUCGAUUCCACCCCUUGCUUUGUGCUCCAGGAGUGGCAAGAGGCCCAAGCUGCUCCCCAGCAGGGGUUCGCAGCCCUCAGGGAUUACACACCCGGUGUACUGCUGCACCUCGGUGGAGGCGUGCUACACAGAGCCCUCCAGGAUCAAUGGCUACCCGGCCUACACCAAUUUGAUUCCAGCCAUCACCAGAGGAGGGCGCUCCUUCAGCUCAACAGACUGCACCAAAUGUAACCACGGCAUCAAAAGAGAAGACUACCCAUCAACACUCGGCGACCAUCACAGCCCCUCCUCCAUCCCCAUCUGUCCCAGUCCCCGGACCCUCACUGGCUGCCCCAUUUCCAACGUGCCUCCAGCCGGCCAAUCAGUGCCCCACACCCAGACUCCGCUUUCCGAUCCCAGCCAACCGCAGCCUCCUCUGCAGGUGGCAAAGGAGUGUCCCCAGAGUGCCAAGUCGCCCAGCGGGUCCAGGUCUGGCACGCGCGGGACCGGCAGCAUCGGCUCGGCUGACUGCCCUCUCAACAGGGACAAGAAACAGAAGCUCGGCCCUGCCAGCGUCGGAGGGCGGACUGUUGCCAAGCAGCCGAAGAAUGGACGCCAAAAAACCACCAACGGCUGGCGGCCAGUCGGCGCGCCCUAUCAGAGGGAAGUUUUCUCUGUGGGAGAGGAGGCGAUGGUUUUAAGGACAUGUUAUGAGGGAGUGGAGAGGGACGGGGAGCUGAUUUGUGUCAGAGACGCCGUUCUCCUGAAGUCUGGACCGAGGAAGAAGACUCUGCCUUACGUGGCCAAGAUCUCAGCUCUGUGGAUGGAGCCAGAGACCGGAGAGCUGAUGAUGAGUUUGUUUUGGUACUACCGUCCGGAACACACACAGGGGGGACGAAACCCAAAUGUACAUUGUGAGAAUGAGAUCUUCGCGUCUCGUCACCAGGAUGUGAACAGCGUGGCCUGUAUUGAAGACAAAUGCUACGUCCUAACAUUGGCACAGUACUGCCGAUUUUGUGCCUUGGUAAAACGCCGUAGGGAGGGUGUACGUGACAGCGCCGCCUCCCUCCUGGUGCCACCCAUCGUUGGUAAUGCCAUGCCCACCCACCACUGUGUGCCCGAUGAUGUCGACCCAGAGCUGGUGUAUUUCUGUCGACACGUCUAUGACUUUCGCUACGGACGCCUCCUCAAAAACCUGCAGUAGCAUCUGACAGGACAUGACACAGAUUACGAUGGGAUGUGAGAUGAUGUUACUCCGGUUACAUCCUCCACAACUUCAAUUAACUACAAACCGAUCUGCUGCCUGUGUGAGAGGAACUGGACGUUUAUGAUGAAGGAUUUAUAGAUCAACUCAUUUUUUUGUUUGGAAUUCGUUUUUCACACUUCCAUGCCACACAUUUAUUUAGUGAGAGUAACGGUCUGACAUAUUGUGAAAGGAUUGCUAUGGCUGUGUAAAUGGAUUGUGUCAUACAUGGCUCUCUGGUGUCGUAGCAGCUGUGUGAAAAACCUUGAACCUACUCUGCUGUAGAAAACGCUACUGUAGCUCUUAGAAAUGUGACAUUUGAUAGAUAUGAACAGAGGUUGAUGUUACAUGUUGAUUACGUCACUGUUUGAGUGACAGAUUUCAGAUGCAUAAUGUGUCACAAUGAAAUGUUAUGGUUGAAGAAAAAUUUGAGGUAUAUAGGUAUUGCGCCCCUUUGGUCAUUUAGAAGAGAAGACGGACGAAAAUGUCUCAGUGGCUGAGGACAUCAUCACAUUUAUUAUAAUAUUUCUCUCAAAUUUUCAGUAGUAAGACGUUUGGCAUUUGGAGAAUUUCACUUCCUUGCCCUGAGUAAGAUGAGAAGAUCAAUACCACUCCCAUGUCUGUACCAUAAAUAUGAAGCCACUACCAGCUGUUUGGUUAGCUUAGCUUAGCAUAAAGACUGGAAAAGGUGGAAAGCUAGCCUUGGUAUUGACUGAAUCAAGAAAGAUGUUUCCCUAGGCUAGCUGUUGUCUAUUGGCUUUGGACUGGGCAAGGCUAGUCGUUUCCUUUUGUUUCCAUACUUAAUGCUAUGCUAUGCUAACUCGCCGCCGACUCCAGUUUAGAAAUCUUCUGAAACCUUUUUCUUUUUUUCUGAUAUUGAUUUGGAUAAUUAGACUUUGAGAAUUUGACAGAACCUAGAACCACUUUGAAACUAGUCUGGUAACAAACACAAUAUUGGUGGAAAACACUGACAAGUUGACAUUUUUUUGCUAGUUUUGACUUAGAGUUGGAGACAGCAUAGAAUGUACUGUGUUAUGUUUAUGUCACCUGACACCAGUUGAUUUUUGAGUGAGAUAAUUGGACAUGGUAUAUAGAGUUGAUUUUUGAAUAGCUGAUAUCCAAUACCCCUUUUUUAUAGCAGUAUUGGAGGCCGAUCCUGAUACCAAAUCCACUCCAGUUCCAUGUUAAUCAGACAGAGCGCUAUUGGUCAUCUCAUCAGAAUCUUGAAAGUUAAGCAAAUAAGCAAACCCAUCUUAUAUUAUUGAAUAGCCAUUUGAAGCAUACUGUGGUGGAAUAGAUCCUGAACACAGUGCUUAGAUCAGAAAGAUGAAAUUCAUUUUUUUUUUUUAAACCACUCUCAUUAAUAACACGGAAGACUAUGAAAUGUAGAAAUUCUUUAGUUACACCUCUUGUGGGUUUCUCGGAUAAUUUCAGCUUUCAUGUUAUAUUUGUUGCUCUAAAAAUCAGCAUCUGUGGGGAUGUUUUUAAUGUACAACAGAAGCGCACUCUACAAAGAAAGCACAGUUCAGUCUGCUUGAUGUCGCAGUGUGGAGAUGUCCAGUUGCAUUGAGGGGAUUUUUGUUAUGCCAAUUAUUGAGAGUAUUUUACUUUUGUCAAAAGCUGUUUGCCAGAUGUGUGAUUUGACUCUGGUCUUAGCUGACUGUAUAUUUGCUUUUAUUUUCCUGGAUGAGUGUCUGUUUUUAGCAGAUGGCAUCAGUUAGUCACUUAUAUUCUUGUUUGUUCACCGAUGAGAUGGUGAGUAAUGUAUUGAGUGUAGCAUUUAGAUCAGUGAUGAUGAUUCAUUCCUACGUUUGAGAGAAGAUAAGUAUUUAUUUCUGUACUGAGAUGAAAACAUAAUUUAUUUUCAAAAGAUGAUUUUAAAGAAUAGAGUUUUAGAUGAGUGGCGUUCAUUCCUAAAUUUAAAGGUUAAAAAUGUAUCUCCUUUUAGCUACACUGUCUCAGAUGAAAGUGUGAGUCAUUUGCAAUAGUAUUUCUGUGACUGAUAGAGCGUGCUUACCCAAUUCAGACCCACUCAAUGCUGUAUUAAGAUCUUGAAAUCCUCAAGAUGGAUUUGAGGAUUUGGAGUAUUUUGAGGAAUCUCAGUUACAUUUUGACGGACACCUGUGAACAUGUGAACAGAGAUGCUUAACCUGCAGGACCAAAAUGUACCUUCACCCUUCCCAGCUUCCUGUCAUUAUCCUUUCAAUUCUCUUCAGAUGAUGAUGCUUUGCCUCUAUACCUUUAAAUGCUGAAUGCUAUAAUGAUUUAAACUCACCUUGCCACAAGCCUGUGCCCUUUAUCUUGCUGCCUUAGAGAACAUUCCCAGCCUUUCAUUUAGAAAUGUGUACCAAUACAGCCUGGGGAAAUGAAGCUUUUUAGUCUGCUGAUUGUGAUUCCUAAAUGCUUGAGAUGCCUCUCAGUUUCAUCACCUUCAUGUGAUCUUAUGGGAUCUGGAAGGCAACACAAUCAUUUUGACCAAGGUCUGUACACGUUAGCUAGAAAUGUUAAAGAUCUUUAUUAUACAACUCAAAGCAUUCGACAGUCUGUGAGAAACGGCAGUUUACUUUACUGUUAAGAGUUAAACAAGCAGAUUGAUAACGUUGUGAUAUACAGUGUGACGCAACAGCUAGCUCCAGGUUAGAUUAGCUUAGCAUAAGGACGGCAAGCGGUAACAGCAAGCAUAGCUCUGACUGAAAACAAAAAAACUUUUACCUUCCAGAACCUUUACAAGUAAAAAAGAAAAACACAUUUAAAAAGUAGCAACUUACAACAGCUGUUGCUCUCGGUCUCUUAGUCUUUAUGCUAAGCUAAGCUAAUUGUCUGCUGUCAUUUAAAAAAAAGUUAUUGAUGUACUUACCAAAAUAUUGAGUUGCAUAAAAUAUAAAAUCAUUAUCCUCCGAUUAAGUGUCCACCUGAAUACUGAUGUUUCAAACUUUUAUCUUUUUCUUUGCCAAAAUGUACCUGACACCACAAUCUUGCAGUGCUCCAAGGAGGUUGGCUUCAGAAAAAUUGAGAUGGUGCCCUUAACCACAUUUUGGUCGAAUGACAAGAUACUCAAUAAUGUUGCUAUUUGGAUGGACAGUAAAAAGAAGUAAUGAUUGAAGCAGUACUUAAGAUGUUUAGGACCUUCAAACUACUGAGAUCCACUUCACAAGCACAAUGGUGAAAACCUUGUUGUUAAAACAUAGACUUGGGGUGGAAUUUCAUACGAAACUGAUCACAUCCUGCCUACUUCUGCCCUACGCCCCUUUAUAAAGGGAGCUGUGACUUUAUGUUUAAGCCUAGAAAAAAACAGAAUUCACAGUUUACUAAGAAUUCAUAUUUGACUUUAAAAAAAAAAAGAAAAAUAGACCCUGCCUUUUCAUCCUGCUUUUUUUUAAACCAACCAAAGGCAAUUUGUACCAGAUAAACAAUUUUCUGACAGAAUCAUUUCUGCAAAUGAUUGUCAAGAAACGGCAGUAAAGCCCACACAGCACAAUAAAAUAAAGCAGAAUAUGGAAUAGGUACAUUUGCUAUGAUUUGGUUCUGAAAUUGAAAACCCCAGUGGGUGUUUACACGGUACAGAUUAUGGCUUCAGGAACCCUUCAGCAGACUAAUUAUGUUUAAUCAAGAUGUGUGAUAAUUAUGUCUUAAUUGGUCCUCUGUGCCUGUUCCCCUUAACCCGUCUUAAUUCCAAGUUUUUUCCAUGAAGAGAAGGACGAGCGGUAGCUGUCAUUUUUACCCACCUUCCAAAUGCCUUUCCUUUUUUUUUUUCUCAGAUGACACCAUUCUUAUCUGUAAUCACCACAAAGAAAUGUUUGCACCAAAAAGUGACAGGGUAGGUAGGAGUAUUUGAAGAAGUAUUUCAUUAUCCCCAAGGUGUACAAAAACCUAAACUCUGGUUCUUCUGAUGUGAAUUUCUGUUCAUAUUCUUUGCAUGGCAUUUUUGGAAAUAUCUUGGAAAUAUUAAUCACAGCACAGAAUAUUUGUAUGGUUUCAAAUUGACCUCUGUAAUAUAAGAAAAAUAUUUAAUUGUAAUAAAUAAUAUAUGAGUUUGA